CUUAUUUUUUGUCUUAUUCAUGUUGCUUUUCAUUUCAUAGGUUCUCUAAUUUAUUUUCAAUUCAAACCAAUUUGAUGUACUCUGACACUUUAGAAAGAGAAAUAAUAAUAAAAAUAUAGGCAAAAUCUUAUCUAUUCCAGAUUUCUCUCUAACUUUUUACUCUGGAUUCUGCCAUCUUCAUCCUAUCUCAUCACUUUGCCGGUACCGUAUUUGUUUUCUUCCUCUCAUCACUUUUCUGCAGCACAAGUACGGUAUUGCUUUUCUUCCUCUCAUCACUUUUCUUCCUCCCAUCACUUUACAUAUUUCACAUUUUUCACAAUCUAUUCAUCACUUCUCUCCUGUAAAGAACCGGUGAAUGCAUUUGUUCUUCUUCUUCUUCCUUAGUCUUCUACAACUCAUCAAGGUAUGGCACGUAAGACUAGCUUGAUUGCUGAAGUUGAUGAUUCAAAAGAAACAUGGAAAUUGGGAGUAAGAAUAACUAAUCUUUGGGUUGUUGAGAAGUCAUCGAAAGUGAAUGCUAUGGAAAUGAUAUUUAUGGAUCAAAAGGGAGGAAAAAUUACAGCUGUAGUGAAAAAAUUCGAUAUUGACAAGUGGAAGUCAAUGCUUAAGGAGGACAACACUUAUAUUGUUCAAAACUUUGAGGUUAACCACAAUGAUGGUCAAUUUAGGACUUCAAAUCAUCCUUACAAAUUAGUUUUCAUGAAAGGGACAAUAGUGCAAGCGCGUCAAAUUCCUGAAAUACCUCAUAAUAUUUAUCACUUCACUCCCUUUGAUGACAUCUUAGCGGGAGGUGCAUCUACUGAAGUGUUAGUAGAUGUGAUCGGUGAAUUGUCAGAUGUCGUACAAAUUCAAAAAGAGAGUGUGCCAAAAAGGGUGGUAUUGGUCUUAAAGGAUGAAAGGUUAUAAAUUUAUAGGAUUAUUAACUCUAUUUUUUAGCAACUUAUGUAAUCAAUAUACUCUAAGAAAAUCCAACCCUAACUGGUGACGUGUCGUGCUCUCAUUUUUUUAGAUUAUUUUAAGUUCUCUUCUCUCCUUCAUUCUUUGUUACCUCUCUUAUUUUUUGUCUUAUUCAUGUUGCUUUUCAUUUCAUAGGUUCUCUAAUUUAUUUUCAAUUCAAACCAAUUUGAUGUACUCUGACACUUUAGAAAGAGAAAUAAUAAUAAAAAUAUAGGCAAAAUCUUAUCUAUUCCAGAUUUCUCUCUAACUUUUUACUCUGGAUUCUGCCAUCUUCAUCCUAUCUCAUCACUUUGCCGGUACCGUAUUUGUUUUCUUCCUCUCAUCACUUUUCUGGAGCACAAGUACGGUAUUGCUUUUCUUCCUCUCAUCACUUUUCUUCCUCCCAUCACUUUACAUAUUUCACAUUUUUCACAAUCUAUUCAUCACUUCUCUCCUGUAAAGAACCGGUGAAUGCAUUUGUUCUUCUUCUUCCUUAGUCUUCUACAACUCAUCAAGGUAUGGCACGUAAGACUAGCUUGAUUGCUGAAGUUGAUGAUUCAAAAGAAACAUGGAAAUUGGGAGUAAGAAUAACUAAUCUUUGGGUUGUUGAGAAGUCAUCGAAAGUGAAUGCUAUGGAAAUGAUAUUUAUGGAUCAAAAGGGAGGAAAAAUUACAGCUGUAGUGAAAAAAUUCGAUAUUGACAAGUGGAAGUCAAUGCUUAAGGAGGACAACACUUAUAUUGUUCAAAACUUUGAGGUUAACCACAAUGAUGGUCAAUUUAGGACUUCAAAUCAUCCUUACAAAUUAGUUUUCAUGAAAGGGACAAUAGUGCAAGCGCGUCAAAUUCCUGAAAUACCUCAUAAUAUUUAUCACUUCACUCCCUUUGAUGACAUCUUAGCGGGAGGUGCAUCUACUGAAGUGUUAGUAGAUGUGAUCGGUGAAUUGUCAGAUGUCGUACAAAUUCAAAAAGAGAGUGUGCCAAAAAGGGUGGUAUUGGUCUUAAAGGAUGAAAGGAACAAUACUCUUCAUUGUACUUUGUGGGAGAACUAUGCAGCUAGGAUGAUAAGUUUUCUGGAAACACAUGUAGAAGGUCAUGUUGUCAUAUUGCUUUCUCUUGCAAAGAUAAAAGAGACAAAUGGGAAAUAUCCAACAACCAUCCAAAACUCAAUGUAUUGUUCGAAAUUGUUCAUUGAUGAACCUCUUGCGGAGAUUUAGGAGUAUAAAAAUAGGUUGGGCUCAAUAUGUGUCAAUGAAUCUUACAGUCAAAAAAUGUCUCAAUUCUCUUCAUGCUCUCAAUUUACAAGUGAAGAGAAAUUUGUGCAAAAUGAUAUUGUUAAAAGUUUGUCUCAGCUUAAUGAGGUUCAGAAGGAAUGCUAUGUAGUAACUGUUGCCAAAAUAGAUAAAGUGUGUGUUGGAAAUGGUUGGAGCUAUGAAGCAUGCUUUAAGUGCAAUAGGAAGGCAGAUUGUUCAAGUCUACCAUUCACUUGUCCAAAAUGUGGGAAAAAAAACACUGAAACAGUUCCAAGAUUUAGGGUUGAAGUUAUGGUAUCCUAUAACAAUAAUAGUUCAAAAUUUGUGCUGUGGGAUCGAGAGUGUAUCCAAUUAGUGAAGCAAACUGCUAUUGAUCUUAAGAAGCAACUUCUUGAUGAAGGUGAAUUUGAUGCAAUGGUUGUUCCAGAACCAAUUGAUUGCAUUCUUGGAAAACUGUUUGCCUUUAAAGUUAAGGUUCAACCCGGCUACAAACAGUUUUCUGUCACAGGAGUUUCUGAUAAUGAAAAGACCAUUGAAAGCAUAAGGGACAAAUUGCAAGUUGAUGAGGAUUCCCUAAUGAGCAAGAAAGGGAAAUCAAUUAGCUCCUUCCUCAAAGAAGAUGAUGCAUAUGAGAUUCAAUCAUUGUCUGCAACAGCUGAUUCUGAUACUACAUCAAUAGGACAUUGUACUCCUGCUAAGAGAUUGUCAAAGGAUACACUAGAUGAUGAUUUUGCAUGCCAAGAUUUGCCUUCUGUUCAACUCUCUUCUUCAAAAGUCACAAAGCACAUCAAAACUGAAUGAUAUGCUUCAUUUAUUAUUAUUAAGAUGAAGCUUAUGAGUGAAACUUCUUUUUGCAUCUUUUGGCUAGAAUAGAAACUAACCAUAGUUGUUAGAAACAGUUGAAUCAGUAACUGUGGCUUUUUUGUAAUUAGAUGCUAUAUAAUCUUUUUGUAAUUAGAUGCUAUCUAAACUGUUUAGCCAGUAUUGACUUCACUAUGUGGAA